UCAUUAUUGGCGGGAAACGAUAUAAAUCACCUUACUACCAUGAUCAUUCAGCCAUACCUCUCUCUCUCUUAACUUCCACGCAUCGAUCUCGUCGAUUUCGCUUCCGUCUUAGGGUUUCAGUCCAAAAUGUUAUCGUCCUCCACCAACUUCGACGCUAACUCAGCCUUCUCCGGCGGCGGAUUCAUGACCACCGACUCCUCACACCACUCCGACUCAUCCCCAGCACCCCUCAAAAGCCGUGACACUCAGGGUUUGGUUCCAGUCACAGUGAGGCAGAUAAGUGAGGCUUCUCACUCUGGUGAUGACAAGUCCAAUUUCGUAAUCAACGGUGUCGGUCUCACCAAUGUAACCUUGGUUGGAAUGGUGUUUGAGAAAGUUGAGAAAAACACUGAAGUUAACUUUGUUUUAGAUGAUGGAACAGGAAGAAUCAAAUGUAGGAGAUGGGUGAAUGAAACUUAUGAUACGAAGGAAAUGGAUCAAAUACAGGACGGUAUGUAUGUUCGCCUUUAUGGCCAUUUGAAGAGCUUUCAAGGUGUAAGGCAACUCGUUGCCUUCUCUGUGAGGCCUGUGACAAAUUUUGAUGAGAUACCUUUUCACUUCAUUGAUUGCAUACACAACCAUCUCUAUUCCAAAGUUAAGGUUGAAGGAAUCACAGGGAAUCCUCCAUCAUCAGACUUAUCAUUGAUUGCAGCCAGAAAUGCACCAAAUCAAGCAGCAUCAUCAAACCCGUUAUAUGCGCAUGGUGUGGAUCAACUCAAGGGCUGUGAUAAAUUGGUUUUUGACUAUCUGCAGCAGCACUCGGACACGUCAGAUGAAAGUGGAAUACAUGUUGAUGAACUAUCUCUACAGCUUAGACUUCCAUUGGAUAAGAUCAGGUCAUCGCUAGAGGUUCUCAAACAGGAAGGUUAUGUAUACUCCACCAUCGAUGAGGAUCAUCACAAGAAAACCUGAAUUUUUGAUUCAUUUAGAUGAAUAUAUGUGAAGAUCGAUAUGGAGAACCAAGACAUCAUGAACCAUUAAUUGAUGGUAUUGGUUUUAGCCUAUUUUGAUGUGUAUGGUUUUGAUGAGGAUGUAGAUAUGCUUUUUGGUUUAAUUUAUUUUAUGCUAAAAAACUAAUCAGUCACUAGUGUUGAUCGAUGUAAUCUCUGAACCCCCCCUGUUUAAGCAUUUAAUUUAUUUCUACAAUCAAUUG